UACCGCGCUGUCACGAGGCAGCGGCAGCAGCAUCAGCUUGGAGAGGAGAAGCAGGAAAAUAGCAGCAGGAGAGAAGCAGCAGGCAAGGAGUAGCAGGAGAGGAGAAGGAGCAGCAAGCCAGGAGGAGCAGGGGCACAAGAAGCAUCAUCCAAGAGCAGCAGCAGCAGCCAGGGGACGAGGAGCGGACAUGCUGCUCAGGCUCUACUCGAGGGCCCUCUGGCCCCGCAGCGUGGCAGUGGCGGCAGCUGCAGCAGCAAGGGCCUCGCAGAGGAGGAGCGCGACACAAGAUGUGACACAGGCCAAGGUUCUUCCCGGACCAGAUGAACUCCGUCCGCUCUACAUGGACGUGCAGGCCACUACCCCCAUGGACCCGCGUGUGAUGGACGCCAUGAUGCCGCACAUGCUCAGCAACUACGGCAACCCGCACUCGCGCACGCACGCCUACGGCUGGGAGAGCGAGGCGGCCGUCGAGAAAGCGCGGCAGCAAGUUGCGACGCUGAUCGGAGCCGAUCCUCGCGAGAUCAUAUUCACCAGCGGAGCCACCGAGUCCAACAACAUCGCCGUGAAGGGAGUGGCGCGGUUCUACAAGCAGCGCAAGCGGCACGUGUUGACGACGCAGACGGAGCACAAGUGUGUGCUGGACUCGUGUCGCGCACUCGAGGCCGAGGGCUUCGAGGUGACCUACCUCCCCGUGCAGAGCAACGGCCUCGUCGACAUGAAGGAACUGGAGACGGCGCUGCGCCCGGACACGUGCCUGGUGUCUGUGAUGGCCGUGAAUAACGAGAUCGGGGUGAAGCAACCUAUCGGGGAAAUUGGAGAGUUGUGCCGCCAGCACAAGGUGUUCUUCCACACGGACGCAGCACAGGCCAUCGGCAAGAUCCCCAUCGACGUCAACGACAUGAAGAUCGACCUCAUGUCCAUCAGCGGACACAAGAUUUACGGUCCCAAAGGCGUUGGGGCCAUCUAUGUGCGUCGCCGCCCGCGUGUGCGCGUCGAGUCCCUGCAGAGCGGUGGGGGCCAGGAGCGGGGGCUGCGCUCGGGCACCGUGCCCACGCCGCUCGUGGUGGGGCUCGGGGCGGCGUGCGACGUCGCGCUGUACGAGAUGGAGUACGACAACAAGCGAAUCGAGGCUCUGUCUCAUCGGCUCGUCCAGAGGCUCAUGGGUGAGCUCAAGGACGUCAUCAUGAACGGGGACGCUGAGCAGAGGUACCACGGUUGUAUUAAUCUGUCGUUUGCGUACGUGGAGGGUGAAUCUCUUCUCAUGGCUCUGAAGGAUGUAGCUUUGUCCUCGGGAAGCGCUUGCACGUCCGCGUCGCUCGAGCCCUCCUACGUGCUGCGAGCCAUCGGCACUGACGAGGACUUGGCUCACUCCUCCAUCAGGUUCGGCAUCGGGCGAUUCACCACGAAGCAGGAAGUGGACUAUACGGUGGAAAAGUGCAUUCAUCACGUUCACCGUCUGCGCGAGAUGAGCCCCCUGUGGGAGAUGGUUCAAGACGGCAUCGACCUCAAGAGCAUCCAGUGGACCCAGCACUGAGUGCACGUCCCCUGGCCACCCCCUCCGCAUUCCCUGAGUGACACCUAUUGGGGGGGGGGGGGCGGGGAGUGGGGGGGGACAGACUUGGUGGGGGGGGGGGGCACAUCAUCAGUGCCGUGGUUACGGGAGACGCGCACUUGUGGGUCUGUCGCAGGGUUUUCGUCCUGUGCUUGGUGCGGAAGUUCACGACAGACUUACCCCCCCACCUUGCUCUGCUGUGCGGAUGAGUCAAAGUCUAGGCGUGUCUCCACCCCAAGGAGCAUGGGAUGGACCUCGUUCCAUUGUUAACAGCUACCAGAGAGUUGUAGGGAUUUAAACAUUUUCUGAGUGGGAGGCCAGUCUAUGCAUAGGAUAGCCACUGUUGAGUCAUCACAGUGCUACUAAUUGUUUUGGACUCUAGUGAGAUGAUGGGCCAAGUCAAACCCAGUGUGUUAAGUUGAGUGUUCUCUGCAAUGCAACCCCUCUGAAUAUAAUCCAUGUUAUGCUGUGAUAUUCGGCUGCAGAAAACGCUGGUUUUCUGUCAGGUUUAAUAGUUAGCCACCAACCAGCUUCCUUGCAUGCUUGGCCUUUAAACCCUUCGUAUUGGUUGUGCCAGGGACUGGUCACAGCCACUGUGCAUCUCAAUUAUCAUCAUGGCUUUGAUAUUAGAUACGUUGCUUCUCGAUAGACCGAAGUUGAAUUUUGCCAAAGAAUUAAAGGGGAAGCCAAGUAAAAAAAAAAUUACUCUUUGCAGAAGUGAACCUUUGAAGGUUUGAGUCGGGCAACAUCUUCCCAUGAGCAUCACCUUGUGCUGUACAGAGAGAGCUGUAUGUUACUCACUGCGCACAGGCAAGUCAACUUCGCCGAGACAAAGGACGUCUUCGUAGGCCCCCUAGUAAGGUCCGCCACGUACCGGAUUGCUUGGCUUUUGCUGAAAACUGCACCAUGUGACCCGAGUUGAAGGAACUAACUUUUCGUCACUGCUAAACUCGCUUUCGGCACUUACGCACAUGUCAGCAUUACAUUUACGGAGCACUGUUCAGUGGUGCAAACGUAAAAAAUGGAAAAUGGGGAUUAGUGGGGGGGGGGGGGAAAGCAAUGGUGCCUACCUGUUUAACUGAGACAACAGCACUCAACAUAUGCACUGGGAGGUGUUAUGAAGUGAUGGAUUAGGUGUUGAGAGAUUGGAGGUCAAUCGCUGCACUAAGCCAGGCUGGAGCUGGGUUAAGGGGGAGCGGGUGAUUGAAAGUAUGUACAUACGUAUGUUGAACUUCUUUCACAUCGUACGUAGCCAGCCGUGCCAAUCAAGAAACUAAACACAAAAAGGCAGUUCUAAAUCGGCGAGUUUUCAAUUGAAGAUGUGAUACAGGAACAGUGCCCUUCCUUGAUGGCAGGAGACUUCGUUCCACCGCUGUGCAGACAUGACCACAUCCCUUGCGGCGCCUCCAUUUGGUACCCACAAUUGCGAACCUGUAACAGGGCCUUGCAAAAACAUCAGCAAUUGGUUCUCGGUCAUAUAAAAGAUAUUCGUGUUCUGUUUGGCAUCAUGGCUUGUUUUACCGUUGUGGAUUAAGUAAAUAACUUUAAAUCUCCCUGAUUAAACAAGCCACCUAGCGGCGUUGAACCAGUGGUGUACAUUCCUCUUGUGGUAGUUCUGUCCAAAAAACAACUUCUUACGGCUUCUCACAAUGUGGUACUCAAUGUAUUGACCCUGAACUGCAUGGACGAUGGUGAUAAAGUCAAGUCCCACAUGGACCAUCAACUUGCAUCCUUUCCGUUUGCGAGAUGUGUGUCGUGCAAACAGCGUCAUUCAUCCAAAUUGGCCACCGAAGAGCAAUUGGUUAUUUUAGAGCGAUGCAUCUUGAAACAACUCGGCACUCCCUGAUCAGGCCAACUAUCCACGUUUGGCAAUGUGUUUUUCCGUAAAAAUUCACGAGCAUGUCGAUAACAACGCAGAGCUGCGCGAGAAGUGCCGCUCUACAGACUUCACGGAAGCCACCGGUGCAUCACUUCAUGCAUCGAUAUCGGGGUUUGCAAAGCAGUGCAGCCACGGCUGCCGGCCUCGUGUAAACUUAACGGAUCACAAUAUUUAUCCUGGAUAAAUCUAUGAGCGAUGAAGCUAAUUGUCAGAAGAUGGUCAGUAGGGGCGGAGUGUCCGACGUUGCCUCUCCCUUGGUGCCGGUGGCACAGCUGUCUGCAGGGAGUCUCAUUAUUUGGCCAUUGUUGCGCUGCUGUUACAGGAAUGCAUUUGUUGUCUGCUCGUACUUUGUGAAAUUUGAUUCGUUAGCGAAAUGUGAAUGUAUUGAUGUUUUUUUUUGCGAAUAAAAACAACAGCUUGUA